UUUGAACGGUGGACCAGACGUUAAAAACGACACCAAAUUCAGAUCGUUUCGUGUCCAAUAAAUUCAUCCAUAUCUAUAUAGAAGAUAUACUAGUAUUUUCCUACUUUCCACUAGCUUUCUCUUCGUCUCUCUCUCCUUCGUUUCCAAACCGCUUAGUUUGACAACCAUGAGAAUGCGAAUGGGAUGGGGAAACACAUACAGAAGACGCAUGAGAGUAUUCACAAUGGCUGUAGUAAUAUACCUAGACUACAAGGCUUUACAGCAAAGAGAGAAAUGGGCUAGCAGUGCUAAAAAAUCUGCUUUAUGGGAAAAAGCUCAUGAGCGCAAUGCUAGGCGUGUGCACAAUUUGAUAAUAGAGUUGGAAGGUUUGUGGGUGAAAUUUGGACAGUAUUUAUCAACACGUGCAGAUGUGCUUCCUGAGGCGUAUAUAUCACGUCUCAAGCAGUUACAAGACUCCCUUCCUCCUCGUCCCUUGCAAGAGGUUUGUCGGACUAUCGAGACAGAGCUGGGAAAAUCAAUGGAUGAUCUUUUUUCAGAUUUUGUCAAAGUUCCUUUGGCAACAGCAUCAAUAGCACAAGUCCAUCGUGCAACUCUGCUUGAUGGGCAGGAGGUAGUUGUUAAAGUUCAACAUGAGGGCAUCAAGACAAUCAUAUUGGAGGAUUUGAAGAAUGCAAAGGCAAUUGUUGACUGGAUAGCUUGGGCAGAGCCACAGUAUGAUUUUAAUCCUAUGAUAGAUGAAUGGUGCAAAGAAGCUCCCAAAGAACUUGACUUCAAUCAUGAAGCUGAGAAUACUAGGACAGUAUCUAGAAAUCUACGCUGCAAAAAUACUGGACAUGAUGAUAACACAAAUGCCAAUCGAGUGGAUGUUUUGAUUCCAGAUGUUAUUCAGUCAGCGGAAAAAGUCCUUAUUUUAGAGUAUAUGGAUGGCAUUCGUUUGAAUGACUUGGACGCACUGGAAGCAUUUGGUGUUGACAAAAAAAAGCUUGUUGAAGAAAUUACACGUGCAUAUGCCCACCAAAUUUAUGUUGAUGGGUUUUUUAAUGGUGAUCCUCAUCCUGGAAACUUUCUUGUGAGCAAGGAACCUCCUCAUCGUCCAAUUUUGCUCGAUUUUGGGCUGACAAAAAAACUAUCAAUUUCUGUCAAGCAAGCACUGGCUAAAAUGUUUCUGGCAUCUGCUGAGGGGGACCACGCAGCUCUUUUGUCUGCUUUUUCAGAAAUGGGACUUAAGUUGCGCCUGGAUAUGCCAGAACAGGCAAUGGAGGUAACAACUGUAUUCUUUCGAACUUCAACGUCAGCAAAAGAAUCUCUUGAAACAAUUAAAUCAUUGAACGAGAAAAGAACAAAAAACAUGAAGGUCAUACAAGAAAGGAUGAAACUCAAACCAAAAGAAGUUAAACGCUUUAAUCCUGUUGAUGCAUUUCCUGGAGACAUUGUAAUCUUUUCACGGGUCCUUAAUCUUCUAAGAGGGCUUUCUUCCUUGAUGAAUGUUCGCAUAGUAUAUCUAGAUAUCAUGAGGCCAUUUGCAGAAUCUGUUUUGCAAGGAAAUAUUAGUAGGGGACCAAGAGUUAAUGAUCAGUGGAUCUAUGACACACCUGUCCAUUCUGAUGUGGAGGCCAAGUUAAGACAGUUCCUAGUUGAGCUGGGGAAUAAUGAUAAAAUACUUGGAAUACAGGUAUGUGCCUACAAAGAUGGAGAAGUUAUAAUCGACACUGCUGCUGGAAUGCUUGGUAGAUAUGAUCCUCGUCCAGUGCAGCCUGAUAGCCUUUUUCCUGUUUUCUCUGCAACAAAGGCUAUCACAGCGGGAAUGCUACAUUGGCUGGUUGACAAAGGAAAGCUGACGCUCGAGGAAAAUGUGGCAAAUAUUUGGCCGGAAUUUGGAUCAAAUAGGAAAGAUCUCAUCAAGGUCCAUCAUGUGCUUAACCAUACAUCUGGUCUUCAUAAUGCUUUAUCAGACCUCCUUAGAGAAAAUCCUUUACAAAUGUCUGAUUGGGAUGAAUGUUUGAAUCGCAUUGCUGUGUCAGUACCUGAGUCUGAACCUGGCCAGGAGCAGUUGUAUCAUUAUAUUUCUUAUGGCUGGCUAUGUGGUGGCAUUAUUGAGCAUGCAUCUGGGAAGAAAUUUCAGGAGAUUCUUGAAGAAUCAUUCAUUCAUCCCCUUCAAAUUGAAGGCGAGUUAUACAUUGGAAUUCCUCCAGGUGUGGAAUCUCGACUUGCAACACUUACACUUGAUAAAGAUGAUUUUCAGAAGCUCUCAGGGAUCAGCAAUCGUCCUGACAUGCCCUCCACGUUCCAGCCUGGUGAUAUUUCCCAAGUCAUAACCACCCUGCCUGUUGUAUUUAACAUGCUCAACAUUCGUCGUGCCAUCAUACCUGCUGCUAAUGGACAUUGCUCAGCCCGUGCACUGGCACGGUACUAUGCAGCCCUAGCUGAUGGUGGUAUGGUACCCCGGCCCCAUUCCUCUUCUUCCAAACCACCACUUGGCAGUCACCCACACAUCCCCAAAUUCUCUUCUUCCCAAAAUGUCAGCAAGAGGCGGAAAGGUUGCAAAUCCAAGGAGGAAUCUGCUGUUUCAAUUAACAGAACUAAUGAAUCUGAAGAGAUACCGAAUUACAGUGAUGUUAGCCAUCGUAGAAAUACCAGCGGUGAUGGUUCUACUAAGCUUGUCAAUGAUAGCAGCAAUAGCAAUAGCAAUAGAAUUAGUAUGACUGACAGCAGUGAAGACAGUAAUCCUCAAAACAAUUCUGUUGUUAGGAUUUUUAGCAAUCCUAGAAUUCAUGAGGCAUUCUUGGGUGUUGGUGAAUAUGAAAAUCUCGCUUUGCCAAAUAGUGCUUUUGGCUUAGGGUUCAGGAGGACUAAAUCUAAGGAGGGGUCCCUUCUUGGCUUUGGGCACUCGGGAAUGGGCGGAUCAACUGGCUUUGCUGACAUGAAUAAUAGGUUUGCUAUUGCUGUGACCCUGAACAAAAUGUCUAUUGGCUCUGUAACUGGAAACAUCAUUAAUUUUGUUUGUUCAGAGUUGAAUAUUCCGGUGCCAGCUGAAUUCUCAAGAUUCAGUGAGAUGGGAGCCGAUGCAGAGUCGAGUUUUGGGAGACCUUUGAUUAAUUGAGAAUGGGAAAACUUUAUCCCUUUUAGAAAAUUGUAACCGGUAAUUGUAACCUGUACCAUAUACAUUGAUAUUUAAACAUUAAAAACUCUUUUCGACUCUUACUAAGUUAUAUACCAAAGGAAAAUAUAGAUUUUAUAGUGUUCUUGAUA